GGUUUGAGAUUCGUUCUAUCCCGUAUGGGGAGAAAAGGAACUUUGAUUUUGGCGUUGUUCGUCUUUGCUACGGAUGAAGCACAUGUGAAUGCCCAGACACCAGACGCACUUUGUCCUCCUCUCUUCAUAGAGACAUACGUACCUUUUUAAAAAGCAGGCUUCCUUGCGGCAUUCUUUACACAGGCAUAUCCGGUGCCGCGCUCGGCCCCUAAGGCGAGGAUGAAGGAGUUCAAAUAUCGCAGAGUCGGAGAGUUCUCACGAGUAGAUGAAUCCCUUUUCGGAACGCCUUUCGAAAGAGAUGUUCUCAUCACUGGAAAGGAUACUGUAAUGGCUUUGUGGGCUGAGAAAAAGCAGCGGUCGUGCGGUGUGGUUUCCGAUACGAUUGUCCUGAAGAAUGACGAGAUCACGGAGAUGAAGUCCAGCAUCGAUCCUCCUCCUCUAGUUCCAAAAGGUCAUUUGAAAAUGAAAGACGAACUCGGGUUUGACGAACGCCUCGCGGCUUCUCAGGAAAGGAAAGGUCGGAUGCUGGCACGAGAGGCAGAAAGGCGAAAGAAGGAAAUUGCGAAAUUGAACACUGAAGAUUUGCUUGUGGACUCAAUUCGUAACAAGGAGCUCGUAGCAAAGUAUGAGCAGCGUGACGAGGUCAAAAGGAUGAAUCAAAUGAUUCUUCACAGCAAAGUAAACACCAUACGAGACACGCAGAUGGAACAGAAAAAGCAAUGGAAAUCUGAGAACGAGGCAAUGGAGAAGAAGCUUGAUCUCAUCAUGGAUAUUACUCUCAUUCAAGGCAUGCAGCAAGAUGAGGAGAAGGAACAGAACCGGCAGCAGAAGCUAAAGGCAGAGGCCGCCAUGAUUCGCAACCAGAUCGCAGAGCGCGAGGCACGAAGACAACUUGAAUUGGAGGAAAGAGAACGGGAACGCCAACUGUUGGUGAAGCAGAUGGAGGCUCUUCAGUUCGAGGAAAUGAAAACGAAACUUCAGAAAGAGGAGACAAAACGCAUGCUCAUGAACGAGAUAAAUACGCAUAACGCGAAAAUUUCCAAAGAAAAAGAAGAGCGACAGUCUGAGCGGCUCAAAGAAGACAUCGCAAUUGCAGAAUAUCAGCGGGAGAAGGCUCAAAGAGAGAAGGAACUGGAAGAUAGGAAGCGGGAUAUUAUGGCCGCGAAGGAAAAAGAAAUUGCCGCGAUUUAUGCGAAGCACGAGAAGGUCAUGGAUAAACAAGCUGAAAUGGACGCAUUGAGGGCAAGACGGGCAAUGGACGAACGGGAGAGACGAGAGAGACUAAAAGAAGCCCAGGAGAAAGAGCGGUUGGAUCGGAUCAAUGCGGAACUUGCUGAAGCUCGUCAGAAGCAACACCACGACAAAAUUCAAACGCUAGCACAGAUGGCAGUUGCCGACAAAGAGGAGUUCGAUCGCAUGGCUCGUGUUCAAAGACAGAGUGAAGAGGCUGAGAAGAAGAAAACUGCAGAGGAGCAACUAAAGCGGAAAAAGCAUGCAGAGGAACUCAGACGACAAAUUGAGGAACACGAGAAAACGAAGCUUGAACGAAAACGCGAGCAGAUCGAAGAGGCCAUCCGUCUCAAGAAAGAACAGGAGAAAGACCGAAAAACUUUGGAAACGAUAAAGGUAAAUCGAAAAGUCGUGAAGGACCGAGAAAAACAUGAUGAGAUGCGAAGCACUCCAGCCUACCCUUCUGUUCCCCGUUUCCCCCAAGGACACACAAGAUAUGGGGGAAGACUCUAAACACUUGUGUCGUCCCCUUACUUCCGUCGCUGCUUUGCUGUCGGUUUUCACUUGAUUAUUCAGCUCACAGCACACUAGCCGCUCUCCUCUGGCUAUCUCCUUUGCGUCUCUUUCGCCACAUUUCUUUUGUUCUUUUACUAGACGAAACAUGGCCGACCACACGGAAAAAGAGUCUUUCUAGAACGUGAUGAGAAACGGCAUGCCAAGACUUUCGCGCACGCACCCAGCUCGCAACAAUCCAUCUUCUUACUUCCAUUUGCAGUCCUGUCAACGUUGCCCGCGCUUGACUUGUUGCUCCAACAACACGAAGCGACACGCAUCACGUCAUCCAGGGAUGACUAGUGACGAAUGCCUGUACCAAUUUAGUUAUCGUCUCGUUCAUCUGCACAGUCUCUGCAGUUGUUCCCUUUGCGUAUCAACCGUAACGACACUUCUCGUUCUUUUUCUGAUCUGAGCUCUGCAUAUAUCAGAUACAGCACAUACUUACGAGCUAGCUCAAGUCUUUGCACUUAUUCUGUGCAGAUGAGAAAACUAAAGGAACUUCAAGAAUCGGGUGCCGCGCCUCCAUAUACCCUCCUUUUCCAAAAAACAUCAUUCUGCUGAGA